GGGCCAGUCUGGGAACUCGUCUGAAAGUUUUGGCCGCCGCGCUCCGGACGUCCUGCGGACUGUGUGCUUGCUGCUGAGACCAUGUCUGCCAGUGAGACAGAGGCCAAUGCUGGCACCCAGAUGGCAGUGGAAGAACCAGUACAGCAGCAGCCAAGUGUGGUGGAACGCGUGGCCAGCAUGCCCUUUAUCAGCUCCACCUGUGACAUGGUGUCCGCUGCCUACACCUCCACUAAGGAGAGCCACCCUCACGUUAAGACCAUCUGUGAUGCAGCCGAGAAGGGCGUGAAGACCCUGACUGCAGCUGCCGUCAGCGGGGCCCAGCCCAUCCUCGGCAGGCUGGAGCCCCAGAUUGCAUCAGCCAGUGAAUAUGCCCACAGAGGCCUAGACAAGCUGGAGGAAAACCUGCCCAUCCUGCACCAGCCCACGGAGAAGGUCCUAGCAGAUACCAAGGAACUUGUGUCAUCCAAGGUAUUGGGGGCCCAAGAGAUGAUGUCCAACACGGUGUCCAGCGCCAAAGACACAGUAGCCACUCGAAUGACAGAGGCAGUGGACAUGACCCGAGGUGCUGUGCAGAGUGGUGUGGACAGGACCAAGUCUGUGGUGACCAGCGGUGUCCACUCCAUCAUGGGUUCCAGUGUGGGCCAGAUGGUGUUGAGUGGGGUCAACACGGUGCUGGGCAAGUCAGAAGAGUGGGUGGACAACCAUCUGCCCAUGACGGAUGCUGAGCUGGCCCGCAUCGCCACAUCCCUGGAGGGCUUCGACAUGGCGUCAGUGCAGAGGCAGCGGCAGGAGCAGAGCUACUUCCUGCGUCUGGGCUCCCUGUCGGAGCGGCUACGGCAGCAUGCAUAUGAGCACUCGCUGAGCAAGCUACGGCUUUCCAGACAGAAGGCCCAGGAGGCCAUGCUGCAGCUGUCGCAGGCCCUCAGCCUGAUGGAGACUGUCAAGCAGGGAGUGGAUCAGAAGCUGCUGGAAGGUCAGGAGAAGCUGCAUCAGAUGUGGCUCAGCUGGAACCAGAAGCAGCUCAAGGGCACAGAAAAGGACCAGGAAACUAAGCCAGAGCAGGUUGAGUCCCGGGCACUAGCCAUGUUCCGGGACAUUGCCCAGCAGCUACAGGCCACCUGUGUCUCCUUUGGAUCCAGCAUCCAGGGUCUGCCCACCAACAUCAAGGACCAGGUGCAGCACGCUCGUCACCAGGUGGAAGACCUCCAAGCCACCUUCUCUGGCAUCCACUCCUUCCAGGACCUGUCCAGUAGUGUCCUGACCCAGAGCCGAGAGCAGGUUGCCAAGGCCCGAGAGGCCAUUGACCAUGUAGUCGAGUAUGUGGCCCAGAACACACCCAUCAUGUGGCUCGUGGGUCCUUUUGCCCCUGGAAUCACUGAGAGAACCCCAGAAGAGAAGUAGCUGGGUGAGAGGAAAGGGCUUGGGGGGCUCUGUCCCUCUCUGGGGGGCUCACAGCAGCAGUGUAUAGUCCUCAUUUUGAACCAACUUUUUCUUUUUUUUUUUUUUUUUGAGACAGAGCCU